AUGCAACAAAUAACCAUCGACGGUGCCAAGAUUAAAAGUGAAGUUUUGGAAAGUGGCAGGAAUGCUGUAGAUGUGGUUGUGGAAGACAAGUCUUUAAAGUCGUGCAAUCUGCAGGAUCCGACGCCAUCGCUGGUGGAAGCCGUGGUGGUAGAGACAGCAGAGGCAGGUGUUACGAAAGUCGAGCGAAAACGAGAGAAAUGGGACACAAAAGUUGACUUUCUCCUUUCUGUGAUUGGAUUCGCCGUGGAUUUAGGGAAUAUAUGGCGGUUUCCCUAUAUUUGUUAUCAAAAUGGUGGAGGUGCAUUUCUGAUACCUUACUUGCUGAUGUAUAUCUUUGGCGGACUGCCACUGUUCUACUUGGAGCUGGCUCUUGGACAAUUCCAACGUAGUGGAUGCAUUUCUGUGUGGAGUCGAAUCUGUCCCUUCUUUACUGGUCUGGGCUAUGGGAUUUGCAUAAUUGCGAGCUACACCGCGUGGUACUACAACACUGUCAUUUCCUGGGCUCUCUUCUACAUGUUUGAUUCAAUGCGCCUGCGUCUUCCUUGGGACAGUUGCGAUAAUUGGUGGAACACACCCAAGACCUGUAUCACUGUCUACCAGAAGUUAGUCACUGGAGCUAAUAGCUCAGGCAUUGCCGAUAGUGACGCUUCCAAUACUCUGCAUGCUGUCAAUACCACUGGUUACUACUCGUCAACUGAACAGUACUUCUACAAUCGUGUGUUACAAAUACAGUUUUCUGACGGAUUUAACAAAUUGGGCACGAUCAGAUGGGAAGUGGCACUUUGCCUACUGGCUGUUUUUACUCUCGUCUACUUUGCUCUGUGGAAGGGAGUUAAAAGCAGCGGAAAGGCCGUGUGGAUAACAGCGACUCUGCCCUACGUGAUUCUCUUCAUCCUACUUAUUCGUGGUCUCACGCUGAGGGGCUCCCUCAUGGGCAUACAGUACUACCUCCUGCCCGACUUUGGACGGCUCAAGUCAAUUGAGGUUUGGAAUGCUGCUGCAUCACAGAUUUUCUUUUCUCUUGGACCCGGAUUCGGCGUCCUCCUGGCACUAGCUAGUUACAACCGAUUCCGGAAUAACUGCUAUUACGAUGCAAUGCUAACCAGUGCAAUCAACUGUGGGACCAGUUUUCUGUCCGGUUUCGUAGUCUUCUCCGUGCUCGGUCACAUGUGUUAUCGUAUGAAUAGAACCAUGGAUACAGUCGCCAAUGAAGGUCCAAGCCUUGUCUUUAUCGCCUACCCCGAAGCUAUUGCAACUUUGCCCGGCUCAACCUUUUGGGCCAUCAUCUUCAUGCUGAUGCUCAUCACCCUCGGCCUCGACAGUACUUUUGGUGGGCUGGAGGCGAUAAUCACGGCCCUGUUGGAUCGUUGGCCAAAGCUGCGUAAACGAAGAGAGAUUGUCGUGUUAAUCAUGAUCAUCUAUUGCUAUGUGGGAGCUCUUCCCACCACAACAAAUGGUGGAUAUUACAUUCUGACAUUGUUUGACACAUAUGGCGCACCCUUUUCAAUCCUCUUCAUUGUCUUCUGUGAAUGCGUGGCACUAUGCUGGUGCUAUGGUGUAGGGCGAUUUACGCGAGAUAUAGAAUCGAUGCUGGGCUUUAAACCGGGCUGGUUCUGGCGGAUUUGUUGGGCUGUCAUCAGUCCCGCCUUCAUGCUUGGCAUCUUCAUUCUCAACAUCACCUUCUUCCGCCCACCUGAGAUCACCGUGAUGGGCAAGACGGUGCGGGCGGACACGUGGGUACAUGUCGUCUCGUGGAUGCUGGUAUUUUCUUCCCUAGUCACCAUCCCCAUCUUCGCUGUCGUUACUUUCUGCAAUGCACGUGGCUCCUUCAAGGAGCGUUUGAAAUCACUUUUCACGCCUGGAAUACGACCUUCCUUCUCCGACUUUCACGUCCAUCCCAACAGCCAUAAGAAACAGGAAAUAAAAGACAAAAAUGAGGAGCAGGUGGCAAAGUCAGCGGAGGCAGUCGAUGAUACACAGUCCGAAGGAGACGAGGGAUAG